UGUGGAGAAAUUGCGCUGUUACGCGCAACACUUGAUCGCAAGUUCCACAGAACUUCAGUCUACAAGGCUCCCUCUCUCCCAUUCCAUCUCAUAAAUUCAUAAUUUCCUCAAUCAGAAACAAUUCUUUCAUUCGCCAAUUCGAUCCUUCGUCUUCGUUGAGAUAACAAAAGAAGCAAAAACCCUACCUCCGACCUGCGAUUUCCCACUGAUCUCUGCUCUUCACCAAUGGAGUUUUGGGGUGCUGAGGUUAAAGCUGGAGAACCUCUCUUGGUGAGUCCCGGAGAGGAGAAGUUAUUGCAUCUAUCGCAGGCCUGUCUUGGAGAGUCCAAGAACAAAGGAAGUGAACAGGUUUUCCUAUAUGUCAAGGUCGGCAAUCAGAAGCUUGUUCUGGGGAUACUAUCCUCAGAGAAAUUCCCACAAGUGUCGUUUGAUCUGGUGUUUGACAAAGAAUUUGAGCUAUCUCAUAAUUGGAAAAAUGGAAGCGUGCACUUUACAGGAUAUACGAGUUUCCUUCCAGAAGAGGAGGAAUCUUCUUAUACUGAUUCGGAAGAGGGUUUUCCUCUAGCUGCCAUUGACAAUGGAAAGCAAGAGCUAGAGACUAAGAAAGAUGCAAAGCCUGAUACUUCUGGAACCAAGAAAAAAGUGCAGAUUGUAGAACCAAACAAAGGUGGCUCUAAUUCAAUUAUUGACAGUAAGAAGAAUAAAGACAGUUCUGAUGAAGAUGAUGACGAGGAUGAAGAGAGCACGGAUGAUGAGAAUGCAAAUGAAGGUGAAGAAGAUGAUACUGAUGAUGAUGAAAAUGAGUUUUCUGGAGUUGAUAGUGAAGACUCUGAUGAGGAAUCGGACGACAGUUUGGAAGAGGACGAGCAGACGCCAAAAAAGGCUGAAGCAAGCAAGAAGAGACCUUUAGAUUCUGCUAAUAAAACGGCUGCUCCUGAUAAGAAGGCAAAACUCGUCACUCCUCAGAAGACUGAUGGCAAGAAAGGCGUUGCUCAUGUAGCUACUCCUCAUCCUUCAAAGAAGGCCGGGAAAAUGCCCGCUGCUAAUGACAAAAAUAAACAGCAAACUCCCAAAUCAGCUGGUGGCGCAUUCCCUUGCAAAACUUGCAACAGGACAUUUGGCUCAGAAACUGCGUUACAUUCCCACACAAAAGCUAAGCACACAGCCGAGAAGUGACCGGAUCAAUAUUUUAGGUGGAAUAUGCUGGUUUCAUUACUGUGGGAUUAACACAGCAUGGAUCCAGCUCAACCUGGCCAGUAUAUUAGAUCAGAAUUACGAUACUGGAUGGUUGUGAAUUUUCUACCCCCCACCCUCUUGAAGUUCAUUCUCUAAAUAUUCUGGUGUGAUUUCAAAUGUUAUUAUUAUCAUAAGCUUUAGUUCCUUGUGAAGGUUCCUUUCCGACAUUGCGUGUGCUGUAGAAUUUUUUUAGAUCCAGUAGAAUAUUGUUUAAUGUUACUUAGCUGGAGUUCUCUUUAUUAUUGCCUUCUCUCCUGUCCUUUUUUCUAAUACAAUAGUGGGAUGAGGGGGAUUGAACCUUCGAUCUCUACGAUGCAAGUUUAUGUCAA